AUGAUUCUCAUUACGAAUUUCUUAAAGCUUCAUACAUUUGUUCACAUUUUAAUAUUUUCUAUUAAAUUUGUUAGUUGUGAUGUUGAAUUGAUUCGGCCAAAUAAAUUGUUGGUAAUCAAUUAUGACGAUAAGAAUAAUAAUGUUCAGGAGAAGACAUUGAGAAUCUCUUGGAAGUUGAAUUCUCUGUCACCAACAAUAGAUGAAAUUGAAAAAUAUACAUUUUCUUUAUGCUCUGGGCCAUCAAAUGCAAUAAAAAAUUUUGGAGAAAUGCUGACAAUUAAUUCAAAUAUGGUUGUAGGCAAGAAUAAUAUUUAUGAAGUUGAUUUACAAUUAAAAAAUAACAUUGGUACUAAUGGAUACUAUUAUAUUCAAGUAUUUGCUUUAACUGAUAUAGGCUAUUCGAUUCAUUAUACUCAAAAAUUUGAAAUGAGAGGAAUGAUAGGUCUUGAUAAAGCAGAUACAAAUAUUGCUGAUAUUAGGAUGCAUAACGGUGUAGGCAUAGGAGGUGGUGCACCUUUGCUACAGUUCGGUAUCGAUGGUAAAGAGAUAAAUCAAAAUAAUGAACUUGCAGGUGCCCCUCCACCAGAGACAGCCUUAGCUGCGUCAUAUUUGGUUGGAUUGCCAUAUGGUAAGCAAAAUGGAAACAUCAAGUACGCGCCAAUGCAAACUCAACCUGGCACAAAAGUUACCGCUAAGACAUGGAAGAAGAAAAAUCCAAUAAGUGAUGUAUCCUUUUUCAAAUUUGGCAGAUUACAAGGUCAUUAUCUUACUGAUAUUGGCGAUGGUAAGAACAAGAAUAGACAAAAAAUAACCACUGAAGUGCUAUUGAGGCCCAAUGUUGAUACAACUAUAACUCCAAUGAGAAAUUAUAAAACAGAUAUGGAUGUUAAUUUUGUUUCACAAGCAAAAUUUCCUUCUGAUAAUGGUGGCUGGUAUAAGCCAGAUAAAAAAAUCCAAAGGCCAACUAAGGUGAGAGAGAAAAAAUACAUAAUAUAUUAG